CGAAAGAAGCUUAUAAUCGUAUACAGUGAGAUUUCAUCUGCAUUUGCUACUCCCCGCCAAAACUGCUCCCGAAGCAAAUGUAGCUUUUGAUUCAGAAAAUUAAAAAAAAAAAAGAAGCUAGGGUUUCUCGAUUAAUUGUUCUUCGCUGAUUUAAUCGGAGUUUCUGGGUUUACAUUUGGAGAUGAAGAAGAUAUUCGGAGGUCCAGGAACUGUGUGUGGUCUGUUACUGAGAAUCGGGCAAUGUGCUUCUGCUGCUGCUUCAAUCGGCGUUAUGCUCUCUUCCACCGAGUUCUAUAACCGCACUGCUUUCUGCUACUUGAUUGCUUCGAUGGGUCUUCAAUUGCUGUGGAGCUUUGGCCUCGCAUGUCUUGAUGUUUAUGCUCUGAGGGGCAAGAAAGAUCUCCAAAACCCAAUCUUGGUUAGCUUAUUCGUCGUUGGUGAUUGGGUGACUGCAAUGUUAUCUCUUGCAGCUGCGUGUUCAUCAGCAGGAGUUGUAGUCUUAUUUGCCAGAGAUCUUAAGUAUUGCAAUAUCCGUGAGCAGUUUUCAUGUCUUAGGUAUCAAGUAGCUGUAGCGUUGGCUUUCGUCUCUUGGUUUCAGAUCGCAGUUUCUUCUCAUGUCACAUUUUGGAUCUUAGCCUCUGUUUAGUUUUCUUGAAAUGUUGAGAACAACAACAUCUUGUAGCUUUUGAUGAUGUAUAACGUUUGGUUCAAAUCAUAUGUUUCUUGAAAUUAAA